AUGUUCACGCACAGAUACCCCUCUGGAGAUAUCCCAACUGCUCUGAUUAAUAUAGAGCAGUAACGGGCACGAAAGCAACAUAGAAAGAGCUCUCGCUUUGGUUACGAACAAAAGUUUCAUUUAAGUUACGGUUGAAUCUAUACAAAUAUGAGUUUUUUAUUGAUCGUGUUAAUAAUCUGCGCAAUAAUAGCUUUGUAUUUUUAUUGGCGACAGAUUUAUAGUUAUUGGGAACGACAAGGUAUACCGUCAGUGCCGUGUGCUUUACCGAUAGUUGGUAAUCUAUUGCCACUGAUAUUAUUACGAAAGAAUAUUUCUCAACUUGUACGAGAUUGGUAUAAUCGGUACAGCGAAAGGAGUAUGAUUGGCUUUUACGUUGGUAUGGUGCCAGGAUUAUUGAUACGCGACCCAGAUCUAAUAAAAUCCGUUUUGCAAACUGACUUCUCGAGUUUCCACGAGAACGCUGUGAAAGUUUCCAAGGAUGCCGAUCCGUUGAUUGCCAAAAAUCCAUUUUUUACGUACGGCGAAGAAUGGAUGACCGGUAGGAAAAGACUGACCUACGCGUUCACGGGUAUGCGACUGAGGAUUUUAUCGGAAACGGUACGUGGCGUUUGCAAAAAGUUUCACAAUUAUUUGAACAAAAAGAUCGGCGAAGACCAGAGGGUCGCGUUCGAGACGAAAGAUCUAUUCGCAAGAUUUACCGGCGAGGUGGUAGCAAAUGCGGGAUUUGGUAUCGAAGGAUUUUGUUUCGACGACAAUUACAAUCCAAGAUCGUUUCACGAGAUCGGCAAAAAGACAUUCAAAACGACCAAGUUACAAGGUGCAAUCCAAUCUAUUUUGAUCUAUUUUCCGUUUCUAAACAAAUUUAUUAAAAUGUCAUUCAUACCUAAAGAUAUAGAUCAAUUCUUCAGAUCUAUCGUCAAACAGAUUAUCGAGAGGAGAAGGGAAGAAACCGAGAAGCGUAAUGAUUUCUUUCAAUUAAUGAACGAUCUUGAAAAAAACGAGGGACAAAAGUUCGACGAGGAUACGUUGGCUUCGCAAAGUCUUUCGUUUUUCGUUGACGGUUAUGAAAGUUCAGCAGGAACCUUGAGUUUCGUCUGUUUCGAACUAUCCAUUCAUUGUGAUAUUCAAGAAAAGUUAAGGAAUCAGAUCAAUGAUGUAUUAGCUAAACACGGCGGCGAAAUUACCUAUGAUUCGUUGAAAGAGAUGACUUAUUUAGAUCAAGUGAUCAGCGAGUCGCAAAGAUUGAACUCCUUGUUUGAUAUAACCAUUAAAAUGUGUACUAAUAAGAUUGAAUUUAAAGGCUACGAUGGUCUAACUUGUCAAGUGGAGCCUGGUACAAAGAUCAUUAUACCUAGUCGUUAUUUGCAAAGAGAUCCUAAAUAUUGGACCAAUCCGGAAGCCUUUGAUCCUGAUCGAUGGAGCGAAAAGAAGAAAGCUGAUAUCAAUAAAUAUUGUUUCUUGGCAUUCGGAGAAGGUCCGAGAAUUUGCGUUGGUCUUAGAAUGGGAUUGUUACAGACAAAAGCUGCUUUGGCAGCACUAUUAUCAAAAUAUAGGAUAGAACGAAACCCAAGGACCAGUUAUCCUGUUGAACUAGACAUUUUGGGCGUAAUAUCGACACCCGUUGACGGUUUGUGGGUUUAUCUGAAACGUCUUUAAAUCUGCAUGAAAUUCUUUACUGAAAUAUUUGUCGAACAAUAUUAUUUCAUUUCUAAGCUUACAGAUAAUUGUUAUAUCUAUCAAUUAUAUAAUAGUAUAUAAUUGUAAUCAUGAUUUUGCAAUAAUAUAUCAGAGAGUGUUUAAUUUACGAAAUGUAUUUACUCGAUAAGACGAUUUAUGAUUUUGUUUUCAUCAUUUUAUCAUAUAGAAAUAAUAAACCAUUGAUAAAAUAUUAUGUAAUGUUUGAUUUACUGUAUCGUUUAAUUAGACUUUAAAAUGAUAGUUUAGAGAACUACAAUGUUUUGUAAUAAUUCAAAGCAAACUAGCGUGAUAUCGCUGGCCAACAGUUUCCGAGAACAAUGAGGGCUUUUCGUUGAAUGACAAAAUUAUCAAGAUUUCCACAAUACAAAACGCAAUUGUAAUCGAAUUUCGUGUAUAAGCGAAAUAUACUCGGUGAUCCGUAAA